AGUGCAAGUGUCUGAUGCCCGCUGCAUUCCUUCGAGAGCCUAAAGAGAGACAGGGAGAGAGACAGGGAGAUAGAGGCAGUCGGUCUCAACACAAAAUCUGGGAAUGCAGGCUCUUAGUUGCACAGAUCUCUUCCAUUUCGCUCCUCGUUAGUCUUGGUUGAUGCCGAUAGUCGUGCUGUUGAAACUAGCGUAGUGUGAUUUUGUUCGGACCAUAUCCUUCACAGCGACAGGGGUAACGUAAGCGCAACUGUAGUGUACACUGAUCUUCGCUCUGCAAUAGAAUCUUGCCGUAGUAUGAGUCUGGGCCGAUUGGAGAAUGUGAAAUGAAUGACGGGGGCAAGAUGCUCUUGGCUGAGUAUCACCUCAUCGCCAUGGAACGACCCGCUGAACAGCGUUUAGUGGUUGUACAAUCCUGCGAAAACGUCAAAUAGAAAGUGUUUGUUGACGGCGGCCAUUCACGUGGUCUGCCUCCAAGCAGGACUGCAUAUUCCAUAGCCCUGGAGAGCGACGUCGUUGCCUUUACUCUUUGGGAUAGACCAUGCAGUCUACAUUUUUUUACAUGGAUUUCCAGUAUGUUUAGGGUUUUUCUCGUGGGGUCUUAGAAGUUUGUUGAUGACGGGGGUUCUGCACUCUUGGCGGAGUGUUCCCUCUACGCGAAGGAGCGACCUUGCCUUCUGGCUUCUAUGUCGUACAGUCCUGCGUGAACGUCAGAUAGAGACGGCUCGUUGAUGGCUGCCACCCUCGUGGUGUGUACGCUUCCGGGCGGGACGGCAUAUUCCAUAGCCCUGGAGAGCGGCGUUGUCGCAGUUACUCUUUGGGACAGACCAUGCACUCCAUAUCAUAUAAGUUGUCCAAACUUUCCUGACAGGACAACUCUCCGAGUCUUCACGAAGAGAAUUGAAUGCUGCAUGAGUUAUGCCUCCGGUUGUCGAAUUUGUGCAACAUUGAAUUCGCCUCGCGAAGUACUCACCUUAGAGAGCUCCAAAAGGAAGCGUGGACAGACGUUAAUCCUAACAAAAUAAUGCUGUAGGCUUAUCAAGAGCCCGCGGAAAUGAAACCGUACAUGUUGAAGAGCCCGCAUUGAUCUGGGCGACUUGUUUCAAGCCCCCAUAGGAAUGCACUCCGAGUCUUCAAGAAGAUAAUUGAGUGCUUCAU